GUGUGGGAAAGUUGUUAGUAGGACUUCUUUCCUGCUUCAGCAACAUGAGGCUUUUCUUGUGGAACGCGAUCUUGAUGCUGCUAGUCACUUCUUUGAUUGGGGCUCUGAUCCCUGAACCAGAAGUGAAAAUUGAAGUUCUCCAGAAGCCAUUCAUCUGCCAUCGCAAAACCAAGGGAGGGGAUUUGAUGUUGGUCCACUAUGAAGGCUAUUUAGAAAAGGAUGGCUCUCUAUUUCAUUCCACUCACAAACAUAACAACGGUCAGCCCAUUUGGUUUACCCUGGGCAUCCUGGAGGCUCUGAAAGGUUGGGACCAGGGUUUGAAAGGAAUGUGUGUAGGAGAGAAGAGAAAGCUCAUCAUUCCUCCUGCUCUGGGCUAUGGAAAAGAAGGAAAAGGUAAAAUUCCUCCAGAGAGUACACUGAUAUUCAACAUUGAUCUCCUAGAGAUUCGAAAUGGACCAAGAUCCCAUGAAUCAUUCCAAGAAAUGGAUCUUAAUGAUGAUUGGAAACUCUCUAAAGAUGAGGUUAAAGUGUAUUUAAAGAAGGAAUUUGAGAAGCAUGGUGCGGUGGUGAAUGAAAGUCAUCAUGAUGUGUUGGUGGAGGAUAUUUUUGAUAAAGAAGAUGAAGAUAAAGAUGGAUUUAUAUCUGCCAGAGAAUUUACAUAUAAACAUGAUGAGUUAUAGAGAUAUGUCUACCCAUUUUGUAUAGCAUCCAUCUUAAACGAGAGGGUUAUCAUCUUUAAAGAUGUUUUUUAACAAUGUUCUGUUCUUGCUUUUGUUUUUUAUUUUUAUAUAUUUUUCUGACUCUUAUUUAAAGAACCCCUUAGGGUUUCUAAGUACCCAUUUCUUUCUGGUAAGUUAUUGGGAAGAAAAAAUUAAUUUGAAUAGAAGACUUCUGGACUAUUUUCCACUUUUAUACAUGAAGAUUUGUUUUACUUUCUUAGCUGUCAUUUAAAAAUAUUGCAGCUGGGAACAUACCAUAACAUGAGACUAAGUUAUAGGACAAA